GCAGGACGCCGCGGAAUGGAUACUGUCAGCGACAAGUGGAAGUCAUGGCAGCGCUUCUCUAAUGCCGUGUACGGCGAACGCGUGAAGCCAUGGAGUUCCAGCGACAUUGAUCGCUUCGCUAAGGUUUACCCUCAAGCAGCCAAGGAUCUCAGGACCAUGAGAAGUGCUGGCGUCUGGUGUGUUGGGGGAGCAGUGGCAACGGCUGGUUCUGGCGCUGCUUUCUUCUUCAGCAGGCCUGGAACUCUCAAUGGCAAGUUGAUUUCAGGAGCUCUAGGAGCUGUAGCAUCAUACGUCGUUGGUUAUCUUGGCACGACUAAUGUGGUCUGCUACACGCACCAACUCUACAAGAUAGACCAAUACAAGGUUCAGAUCCAAUUCAUGGAGUGGUGGAAAGAGAACGGUGGGAGAGGUGGCAAGCCAUGGGAAUACUGGUGAACGAGUGUACAUGCGUUGCAAACUGUUGAUCUACUUAGAUUGCGAGCGCAGUCACUGAGAGUAAAGUCAAAGUUUUCUCUGUG